UUUUUAAUUGAACCCGUGAAUAAUGAAGAAUGAGUCACCAAUUUUGUGACACAACGACAAUUUUCCUCUCUUUUAAACAUAAACAUUUUCUUGAAAAAGGAAGAUGUAAAGUAUAAUCGCGAUGUUCAUAUCUGUAGGAUGGAUGAACAAUCAUUAAAUGAGUUGCUUGAAUGCUCUGUGUGUCUUGAACGUUUAGAUCACACAAGCAAGGUUCUACAGUGUCAACACACAUUUUGUAGACGUUGUUUGGAUGAAAUUUAUAGCACAAAACGCGAGCUUCGUUGUCCAGAAUGUAGGACUUUAGUUGAAGUACCAGUGGAAGAGCUACCCUCAAAUAUUUUGCUCAUUAGACUGUUGGAAGGAUUAAAAACAAAAAAAUCUGAGCGAUGCAGGUCUCCACGGAGAAAUCAAGAACAUCCCUCUUUUGGAGAUCAUACAUCAAAACAGCAGAGUGGCACUUCAAGUCAGCCGUCAGCCAGAGCAUUGUACAAUUAUGAAGCUUCAGAACAAAGUGAUCUAUCUUUUAAGAAAGGGGAUGUAAUAUUACUCAAGAGACAGGUAGAUGAGAAUUGGUAUCAAGGUGAAUCAAACAACCAGCAAGGAUUCUUUCCUGCUUCCUACGUUAAGGUGAUUGUACCGUUACCUGUGACUAUACCGCAGUGUAGGGGGCUGUAUGAUUUUGAUGUCGAGGAUGAGGAGGACAAGAAAGAUUGUCUUUGUUUUAAAAAGGAUGAAAUAUUGACUGUGAUAAAAAGAGUGGACAGCAAUUGGAUUGAAGGGAAGAAGGGAGACAAAAUUGGAAUAUUUCCAAUAUCUUUUGUUGAGUUGAAUGAUAAUGCAAAAGCCUUGAUCAGUUCCAAGAAUUCCACCAACAGUUUGGGUGGAGGUGAUCUUCUGUCACCCCAUAACACCCAGUUUCUUAACCCCGCCUCUUUGGCGGGACAACUUCCACAACAGAAGCGACAUUCAUUUACUGCCAUGCAGGACACACCCACUCAAUACCAACAUAAUCGCAGAUCUCUAGAGUUGAGCAGCAAAGGAAAUCUAGUGAUCCCACCAACGUCUGCAUCAGGCCAAGUAAGAUCCCCACCCCCACUUCCAAGGACAGGGCCAGAGAGGUCUCUGAAUGUCACAGACCAGGCGGGGGGAAGCAGCAGGGAGAAGACAUCAUGUAGUAGGGGAGCUACACAACUGCAAGAAAACUCCAGUAUGGGGUCUUCAAAAACUAAAAUCUUUGUUGCCCUUUAUCACUACAAACCCCAGAAAGAGGACGAGGUUGAAUUAAGAAAGGGAGAUUACUAUAGUGUGAUAGAGGCAUGUCAAGAUGGAUGGUUCAAAGGUCGAUGUCUCAAAACUGGCAAAGCUGGGGUCUUCCCUGGAAAUUAUGUACAGCAAGCCAGAUCUCCUUCUGCUGGAGGUGCUCCCAAUAAUGUCCAGAAUGUACGUGCCAAAACAUCAUCAUCCAACUCAAAAUCUUCAUCAAGACAGGAAAUGUCCUCCAGACAAGAACAGCCAGGUUCUGUCAGACAAGACAACAGUGUACUACAUAAACAGGUGCCCCUAACCUCCUCAAGGCUAGAAGGUCCUCCUUCGUCAUCCAGACAAGAGUUGUCUGCUGCCCCUGUACCUACAUAUACAUCAUCAUCAAGUUUAUCGUCAGGAUCACAGGUGCCUCCAGUCAAGUCUUCUCAUAAACCUCAUUCUCAUCCCCCUUCCUCAGCUUCCCUGUCCACAGAGGCUAAUCCUGACAGAAUCUUAAAUUCCCAAAUGUUGUCCACGUCUCAUACUGCAGAUCAUUUGUCAUCACAAGCUAGAAGUGUACCCAAACCUGUAUAUGUCAAAGCAUCCAAAAUGAGUCCUUUGAGAACUGCUUCAUCUGAUGUGCAGGCAUUAGCUGCUAACACAGUGGUUAUACCACCUAACUCAGUGAUAAGUAAGACAGGACCAGUGGUGGGUGGAGUCAGUGGUCCAGUGUCUGUGGUCCCCAGUGCACAGAUACCAGAUGCUGUAGGUGCUUCAGGGGAAUCUUCAUCCUCAAACAAGAGAGAGAAAAGAGAGAAAGAAAAGAUAAGCCUUGUGAAGAGACUGACUUCUGGGAAAAAUAGGAAAGCCAGGUCAACUCCUCCAGACAGUGAGGGAGCUUUACCCUCAGGAAAAGUAGCCCAUACAAGAUCCGGAUCCUAUCCGUCUGAGGUGGCCACUUCUGUGGAGGGACAACAUGUCAAGACCGGAUCUUUUGAUUCCUCUGUACACCCUCCUCACGGAUCGAAACAGAGCAAACAAAAGUCCCUCAGUCGAGAAAAAUACAGAUGUAAGGAGCCUUAUCCUGCACAACACGUGGUAGAACUGGACUUAAUGGUGGGAGACAUUGUUUAUGUGACAAAGAAGCGCGAGGAUGGCUGGUUCAAGGGAACAUUACAGAGAAGUGGAAAGACUGGUUUAUUUCCAGGAAGCUUUGUGGAAAAAGUGGAUUUAUAGGAUCAAUAGCAUUACUUCUGUAGGGAGAAUUUGACUAAAUAUUCAAUUGCAGAACUUUUCAAGGCAAAGGAGAAUGGAAAGUAUGAAGACUGUGGAUUAUCUUACUGCAGGUUCGCUUAACAGAAUUUUAAAAAUGCAGUGCAGUGAUUUUACAAAGUAGACCUGAUACAAAUGUGAUAGUGCAGUUGAUGUAUUUUUGUACAGUGGAAAUUGCAUUAAGUUUAUCAUAUUAAGUAAGGUUCAUACAAACUUCAGGUUGUGUCUUAAUAUUAAGAUGUAUUUAUUGUCAUCCUUUUCUUACACAAAUGUGCUAUUGUACUUUAAUACAAUUUCUUAUUAUUUAGUUGUAACUGCCAUUUUGUGCAUUUUUGUGUUAAGAUAUUAUUGAUGCAAUAUUUUUGAAUAUUGAGUUUGCCUUUUUACAUGUAUGUUCAUGUGUUAGUUAAAUAACAGCUUAAAAAUUUAGGAUGUAAACAUCAAUGUUACUUUCCUUUUUUAUAUACAAGUAACUCUCAUUCACUAUUAUUAAUACUAAGGGCAUUUUAAGUUUCUGGUGAGGUAUAGUGAUUUUUUUUCCUUAUUUUUCUGAUUGAGCUGUAUGUUGUUAAGUAUUUAAGGCUGUAUUGAAUGUUUCCCUUUACAUAAUUGAUACUAUAAAAUGUCUUCCAGUCACUUUAGUUGUUUCACUUGAAUACUGUGCCAGGCUGAUUAUUACAUACAGUUUACAUACUAGUAACAUGUUUAUGUUAAAUAUUUUAUUGUUGGAAAGAAAACAUAAAAAGAUAUAACAGUGCCAUCCUAUAAUUUGUGUGACUAAUGUCUAUUUGAUAUAUGUGUAAUUACAAAAAUAUUCAGAUAAGUGAAAAGAUUUUAAAAAUGUCCAUUGUACAAAAUAAUUAUUAGUAUUUUGUGUAAAGACGUAAUGAUUGAUGCAUUCACAUAAACUGCGUAAGUUACUUAAAGCAUGCAACUUCCUUAUGUCAAAUUUAGAAAUUAUAUAUAUUUUUUUAAUUUGAUAACGUGACAAACAGAGCAUUGGACAUACUCAAAUCAGUGAUAUUUAUGAAGAUGUUGUGAUUUUUACAUUAUUUAAUUAUACAAGCAAUUAUUAGGUUAGUGCUUUGAAGUAUUUUUGAAUUGAUUUUAUCAGAGUUUCAUGUCUAGAGAAGGUUGUCUUUUUAAUUCUGUGUGUAGAGUUUCUAUGCAUUAUCGAUUUUAUUUUUCUCUGUUUAGCAUGGAGAUGUUUACUUGUCUAUGCAUUGUUUUGUACAAGGCUACAUAUGUUAACAUUCCAACUGAUUUGGUGUGUCAAAUUCUGGUUAUACCCCUAGAAAAGACCAAAUAAAAAUGAGAUUCUCUAAA